AUGGCACCACCAGAAAGACUGAGUUUCGGAGUCGAAAUGGAAUUUUACGUCGCCUGGUACACUGACCCAAAAAUUCCAAUGCCACCGCCUCCAGGCUUCGAAUCGAAAACAGGCGGCCCAAUAUUAAUUCAAGAAGGAGUAGGGGAUUUAGACGCUUCAAUGGCCUUGCUAACGGGUGCUAUUAGGGUUACGUACGACAUUUCGAUGAGUCUCACACCAGACGAACUUCAAGACUUCGUUACUCCCAAAUACGGAUGGGCUGGUGUUGAAGUUGUAUCCCCAGCGUUAUGGGCAACGGAUGAAGGCUUUGCAGAGGUUCGUACAGUUUGCGAAUAUAUUCAGAAUCACCUUUGGACUCUUUGUAAGACCGGUCUACACAUCCACGUAGGUUGUGGCAACGAGUGGUUUUCCAUUCGUUCAGCCCGUCAAAUUGCUGCGCUACUCUACGCGGGGGACCCUGUCCUUACACAAUUGCAUCCAAAGCAUAGGCGAACCAAUAGAUGGUGUCCAAGUCCGCGCUUAUACUCCAAGGUAUCGAUGGGGAAGAAGAUGCAGCAUGCCCCAGAGCCCCCUUCACAGCUCAGUGACGUAUCGCAACAAUCAACGGUCGCCAAUAUCCCAGGCAAGAAGGUUACAAUACAACCAUUACCUGUACGGCCGACAGAGAAAAGUUAUGAAAUUGAACGCGAUUAUUUGCAAAUUCUUUUAGAUGUCAAUACAGACCCCGAAAUACAACAAGACGUCAAGACUUAUAAUCCCAUCCCAAUUAUGGAAGCGGUGAAUGAGCUCUUAAAAUCAACAGCUCGGGGUACAAUUGCCGAGUUAAUGGGAACCCCACUAUUCUCGUCUCGACCAGCGUACAACUUCCAGCACUUUCGUGUGGAAGGAUCGAGAACCAUUGAGUUCCGACAGCCAACCGGUACGGUAGAUGCCGCUGAAGUGGUGAGUCAAGCAAGGAUUGCAGUUCACCUCUGCGAGUUUGGAGCAAAUGCGAGUAUCGAGCAACUCUUACCUUUACUCCUAGAUUUCGAAGUAGCAGAACAGCAGCCUGCCUGGUAUAAUGUGUACGACCUCCUGGCAGACCUUAAUCUCCAUCCCGAAGCUAAAGUAGUGUACGCGGCUUUUCAGGGGACUGUGGACGAAAAAGUUCGCCGAGAAUAUUGGGAAGCCCGUGAACCAGACCAACUAGAAGAGCAAAAUCAGCCAAACGAGCCAGCCGAGUCAGACAAGACCUGGCGCAGGUUUUUACCUAGCUUUAAAAUUUAA